UUUCUGAAUGUUUGGACACAGUUAUGCCAAAAAAUUUUAAGCUAAGUUUAAGCUUUGGUAGGUGAAAGGAGCGCAAACAGCUCUGCUCUUUCAUCAGUCUUCACGACGUUAAGUCUGUGAUGCUGGCCCAAAUCUUUUUCCUGUUACGCGUGCGCUUCCUGGCACCGACGCAGAUCUAUAGACUGCAUGGAGGACCGUGAUAGACCAUUUUAUUGAGGGCGCCACCAUUUUACGAUCACAGCGCCGUCUAUCGUCCGGCGCUAUGCUGGUAUGUGGGAUCGCGCUGGAGGGUGUACGGUGAACAUGCCGUUGACGACGAGUGGCAAGUUUUCGCGCUUUCCCGAGAGGUGUCAACAAGUUGCUUGGAUUGGGAAAUUUAUUAGCAUUUCGUCGCAAAGCUUGUAGCUUAGCUGCAUUAUCGAAUGGCAACGGGCCUAGAGGCGCUCCCACAGCUCUGCCCACAAUCGAAAUGGAAGGCAAGUCAAGUAUGAAUAUUGUCGAUAUAUAAUGUGUACAUGUAACGUGUUAUUACUGUAUGUCUAGCCUUAAAUUUUAAGGUAUCACUUAGGACGACAACAAUUUGAGAUGUCUCCAUGUGUAAUGCGGUGUGCCGCACCAGCGUCCAUCCCAAUCCAGGUAACUGUGAAGCUUGGAGGAAACACAUUUUGCUAGCUUUCAUGCUCCUAAAAUUUUCACGCCACAAUAUUCUAAACAUUGCUUAUCUGGCACUCGGGUAUCUAGCUUUACACAAUAAAGAACUGUAAAAUAACUCGAUCGAAAGGGCUGUUAACAUUGAUAAAAUGAGCUUGUGAUAGUGGCCACGAAUAUGCCACGAUCAACCAGAUGCAUGCGAUGCACUCAAACAUUAUGUGCCCUCUUAGGUCUCAAAUGGUGCCUGUGCGUGCAAGGGCACCUCACGUACUCGAGAGAUCUGAAUAACGAACAAUUACUCUUUGCAACAGCAACUUUAUUUUUUGCACUAAAACAGCACAUGACGAGCGGUGUUGACAGAUUGCCGGUGAGAUUCGGAAGCACGGGAGAGCCUUUGUGAACUAGGGCCAGCGCGCACAUGGUAGGCAUGGCUUUGGUUACAGAAUGGAAAAGAACACACCUUCAUUUUUAGUCGGCAUGUAGUUUUCAUAAUACAUCCUCGGUCAACUUCCGCCAGAACAUUCGUUGCGAAGCAUGAUAAUCUUAGAACACGUUUGAACAGAAUAAGUUUAAUGUGCGUGCACGAAGAAAUAGUUAACUUCAUCCAUUCGCCAUAAUUGACCGACUCGAACACGCACCUUUCUUUCACAUCGCAGUUUGAUCAUGGGUGCCGAGUUUGUCGCCGUGCGCUCACUGGGAACAAAACCUUCCGAACAUACACACGAUGGCAUCAAGUUCUUUCUGUUUAUGCUGGCAAUACAAAUUGGACGCUUCUUUGAUAUCCCAGCGGCGGUGUCCAUGAAGUCGCUGUGGCUGAAGAUGCACCUCACGCUUGCCAGUGUCUCCUGGCAUGUGCAAACGAAACUCGCCCUUGAUCCCGGACCACGACCUACGAGAUCUGGUUCUGUGGCAGAAGCCUUUCCCCGACCACGGCCCAAUCAUUGCCGCAAACAGGCAAUGAUUUUUGCAGCCCAGUACAGCAGAGUGAUAGCCUGUCAACCUUGAGUCAUCUGAUAUCGCAAAAAUCCCAGACAGAACAUGUUAUAAUGGCACUAAUUUCGCAAUUAAACUGCUACCUUUCCAAGCUGCCGCUGGGAGAAAACAGAAUCCGAACAUACCAGUGCGAGGAGGAAAGCGGCACACUGUAUCGAGGCUACAUUUCUCCUCGCCGAUAAAACGGUCUAUAGCUACAUGCAAGAUAUUAUUACCUGCACAAUACAUGUAUAUAUACUUCUGCUUGUCUGUCACCAAGGGCUGCAGCGUAAGCACUUUCACAGCUUUCAAUCAUGCAGCCGAGACAUUUAUCGGCUGGAGAGGGUCACGGCGAGAGGAGCAUGAAAUUUCUGAACUCUGACAAUGCAUCAUUCGAGUACCUCUGAAAGGAGCCAUUUUUGAAAAGGCAACAAAAAAAAGAGACAGAGGCUUUCGAACAGCUGCACAAGGUUGAACGGACAUCCCCCACAUCGUGCCAUUGAAGAUAUACCCGAUGCAAUCGCAGGGCAAAGCAACCACUUCGUCCCAUUGCAGCCAUCCUGAGCAGCGAAAAAAGCAAUCCAAGAGUCGUGCAACGCGUCUCAGUUUCAGAUCCAGCAAAAGCUUAAACCCAUACGUAGCAGUCAUAGCGGUCAUAGAGCACGCAGCAAAAGAAAGCUAUCCGAGAGUUCGACACAUCUCAGUUUCAGAUUCAGCGAAAGCUUCAACCGUAGCAGCCAUAGUGUGUGCAGCGAAAAAGGCUAUCUAUGAGUUGUGCAAUGUGUCACAAAUGUAAACAUGCAUGCAGCAUAUUGUUCCCGAAGGUAUACCCGUCGCAACCUGAAGCAAAGCAAGUCAAAGCAAUCGCUUUUGUCCUGUUGCAGCUAUUGCACACAAUAAUGUUCUGCAACAUAUCCCAAAAAGCUAGCUCCCAGGCGUACCAGCCACAGCGCGCGAAGUGAAAGAAAGCGCUUUGUACCGUUGGAAAACAGAGCCCACAAGUAGAAAUCAAAGCCAAAGCCUGCGGGUUGUGCAGCAACCUUAUGGUACUAUCUGGAGGCGAGAAAGUACGCGUGCGUUGGGCUCCUGCCACAGGUGUAUCAGGCGCUUGAUUCACGGAAUCCGACAAUUCGGAAUUAAAGGGCAGACAGUGAAUGUUCCCAUCAAUGUUCAACGUACUGUGCAAUCCCUUCCUUGGAACAUCAGUGACAGUCCAGUCAUAAUGGCACACAUUAUGCUCACCAACCCAACUUACGGAUGUUUGGUGAGCAACGGAUGCUCACCAAACCAACUUACAUACAUGGGGUUGUCAAAAAAGAUGACCAACCCUUGCCCUACCAGAAAUUGGGGCUAAGCAGAGCUUGUCCUGUGUGCACCUGACCUUCGUCACGAUUAAGUAACCCACCGGUAAUGGGUAAAAAACAUAACCGUUACACAAAAGGUAUGUAUCAGGGAAGGAAAACUUUCACACAAGGGAAAGGAAGAGGUAACGAAAAGUAGUGUGCAAGGAAAGGUGAGGUGCACCCAGGACAAGCUUUGCUUACCCCCUUUUUCCAGUAGGGAAAGGGUUGGUCAUUUCUUGUCAGGAAUGUUGUGGCAUGCCAAGAUGUGCAUGGCAUUAUUUCAUGAAGUCUCUCACAGCAAAGAAUGAAAAGUUAGAACAUUUGAAAAUGAGAAGAUGCAAAUAAUUGCAUUUCGCCAAUUGAAUCACUUUGGGGACGCACACUAAGGGGCCCUGUAAUUGUCUUUUUUUUCUAUAAUUUAUUUAUUUAAAAAUAAAUAAAUUUUUCUUAUUCACAAAUCUUUUGUGAUAUCAUUGGAUGUUGUAUGCUGUAAUUUGUUUACACUGUUUUCUAAAGGUUCUUCAUUCUUCUCUUUAUAAUUUGUUUUGACUGCAUGCUUAAUUACAUAUGUGCUCGAUAUUCGCACGAGAUUAUCGCGGAGUGGAAUGUGCUUCCACAAUUUUAUCUAAUGUCGAAGCAUAUUCGGAUGCUCUCGCGUGAUAUUAACUUUACAUGUCACGUCAUUUCCUUGCAUCAGCGGCGCAUGCUUUGCAAAUGAUCUUUUUUCUUGUUUUCUUUACUUUUGCUGUUUGCAGUUUGAUCUAUCAAGAUCAAAUAUCAAGUCAUAAUGUCUUGAUAUUUCUCCUCAUUGUUUUUGCCCACCCUUAACAGGAAGUGCUUUCUGUCUUGUAUAGCUUUUGAAUGAGCUUGGGUUUGAUUUUUUUUUUACCCUCUACUAUGCCAAAUCGCACACCUGUACCUCCUGUUGGUUAUUAAUGCGCAAUCAUUAUAUGGCUUGUGAGGCGGAAAAUCCAGCUUUCUUGACAUUGGCAUGACCCUGAUGGUCCAAAAAGUCAAAUGAGCCAAUGAAGGCAGUUGAUGUCAAGACAAAGUUUAUUAAGGCAGGUUUAAUUAAGCUAGAGUUCAUUAAGGUACUUGUACCCUUGACCUUUGGUGGGAGUCCAACCCAUGACCUUUGGUGUUAAUUAAGGCAAAGUUAAAUUAAGCCGACUGAAAGUGCAUAGGCAUUGCAUGGUGGUCGCACUGCUUUCACAUUCAUCCACGUAGGGAUAACUAAGUGCCUCUUGAAUUUCUUUGUUUCACUUUUAACCACUGCAACCUUGGCUGACAAAAGGCAGCAGUAGCAGUAUUGCAGGAUUAAAUAAAUUGAGUGCUCAACCUAUUCCAGGCUGUGCAAUCAAUCGCUUUGUGUUCCGAGUCGUAUCCCCACUCCACAGGCAUGCUUCAUAUGGCUCAGCAAAAAAAGUAUUCGUGAACGAAUACCACUUUAUGUAGCUAAAACCUCUCAUUGUACCCAUAACAAAUAUUGCUCUAAUUCGGCACAAGUACGCGGUGCCAGAAAAUAAAAGAAAGGAAUGGCUAAGCUACGCUGGAAACAUCCGCACUUCGCCAACACGCAGCCGGGCAGCCAAGCACUGUGCCUUAGCAUGAGGACUGCUUGCAGCACCACCGCCACCAUCACUCAGAAACUGUCCUCGCUCCCAUCAGCGGAUGGCAGACUAGCCAAUAUUCUAGGGACCACAGCACUGUUCUCUUAAGCUGAUUACCUGUCCCGGGUCACACCUCCGCCGCUCAACUACGCUGCCACAAUGGCAAGGCCACCCCCGCCAUCAUAUUCCGCCCCACCAUCACUGCAACAGGUUCCCUUGCUUCAGUUCCACCGCAGACACCCCGACGUUUUGUGUAUCAAGUUUUUUUGUGUUGCCAUCCUGUUCUCAUGGUCUUAUCCUCCGGUGGGACUUCCUAUCACGUCAUAGUGCCAUCAUCAAUUGCUCUUGCAUACAAGUGGCCAUUUCAGCACAUGUGACUCACCAUCGGUUGGCGCCAACCUCAGCAUUUGCAAAGUCUUCAUUUAUGCUGAUCUACGUCCAGAGCUGUCAGUGCUUGUGACCCUGUCGUGUGCUGUCAUGCCAGGCUCCAUCGUGGUGUUUAGGCUGUUUGACAUGCUUUCUCACCCAAGGACUUAUUUCUCCCUUUCACCAUCCUCACUGUUAGAUCUUAAUCCUCUUCGAUACCCAUAUCUAAUCUGCACUGGUGUCCAGUGACGAUACUGCACAGUGAGACCUUGGGAUUUGUGCAAAAGCUGUCACGUGUAUUGAAAAUCUUGACAUUCACGAUGGUGCCACCUGUUUGCACCUUGAUGCUAUAACUUCUGUCUCACCAACACCGCCUUCAGCCGUUUUUGACUGCACCAUCGCCGCAGACCUUUUCCCAUCUUAUCGCACCAACCUUAUUACUCUCCUUAAGGAGUUCGUUUCUUCAUUCGAUUGCAACCAACCAUCCUUGGGUCGCACGACAAGCAUCUCUCAUACCAUCGACAUGGUACACGUGCCCCCUCGUGACAGUGUGCAUAUCGCCUUUCCGGAGAAGAGCGCAAAGUUAUCACGGAACAAGUGGAUAGCCCGUUCGACCGCUUCGGCCGUUGGGCACUUCACCUGCAGAAGUAUGACAUUCAUGUCAUAUACCACUCCGUUCAAAGGCAUUCCGAUGCUGACGCAUGCUCCCACUCACCAAUGACACCUGAUGUGGCUUCUCUUUCUGUUCCCUCUACAGCCUCAGACCUGCCUCUACUGGCUGCCAUUGAUAUGCCCUUCGAGCAAGGCCAUGACUCUUUGCUUGCCCUGCUGCUCGACUACCUUGCCGCUCCAUCAGACGUUCCUUCAACGCAGACGCUACGCUGUCAAACAGCCCACUUUGCCAUGCAAGACAACACCCUCUACCCCAAAUUAUAUCGGCAUGUACUUCCAUGUCGACCAUGAAAGUGUCCACACGAGCAUCCUAAAAACCUUCACAAGACUGCAUCAACGAUUAUACUGGCGUGGAAUGUACCGGUUUGUCCAGCAGUAUGUUCAAUCAUGUACCGUCUGUCAACAAAGAAAACUGCUCCACAGUGCGCUCCUGGCGCACUAGAGCUGCUACCAGGUCUUGCUUGACCGUUUGACCGUGUCGGCAUCAACCUCUUUGGCUUGCUUCCAUUCAAUGAAUGUAAACCACUGGAUUAUUGUUGCUGUUGAUCACCUGACGCGCUACACCGGGACCGCAUGCGACAUUGCGAUGUUCAUUCUUUGUGACUUCAUCUUUUGCCACAGUGCUCCUCAAGAAGUUCUCAACAGUAGGGUUUGUGUCUUCUUGUCAGAAGCAAUGCAAUACCUCCUUCAUAAGUGCCAGAUCAUUCCUCGGAAGUAGCGCGUAUCACCCGCAAACAAAUGGUCUCAUGGAGUUGUUCAACCGAACACUCGGCGACAAUUUGAGGAUGUACGUUUCGUCCGACCACACGAAUUGGGACACCAUACUCCCGUUCGUUGUGUUCGCAUAUAACACUUCAAUGCAAACAACCACCGUUUAUCGCCUUUUUUUUUUUUCUUGUAUAAAGAACGCAGGAAGGCACGAGCUACUUCCCUCAUCAAAGCUUACGCCAACACAGCGGGCGUCACCUUCGUCGACGCAGCUGAGUACCAAGAUGGACGGCGCUUUGUGGCGGUUACUACAGCAGGCGGCUUGCUCCGACAUGCUGCCAGCAUCAUUACAAAAAAUGCCGAGACGGCCGAGGAAGUGGCCAUUGCCCUGGCCACUCUUGACCCAUCCUGUCACACCAUACUGAGCGAUUCUCGCGCAGCAGUCAACAACUACAUCAAAGGUCGUAUUUCUCAUCAAUCACUCCGUAUCUUACGACAAGCCCCGCAUUCGUCUGAAAAUCAAAUCACCCUCGUCUGGAUCCCAGCACACGCCGGCGUUGUCCACCCGCACCUCACCAACCUCAACGAGGUUACACACUCCGUAGCACGAGGACUAGUCAACCGUGCCGGAGACGGUGCAGGUGCACCCGCAGGGCGCGACCGCCUUACGAGAUACAACAACCUUGUAAAGUCAUUUUACCUCGCAAGAAGAACCUUCCCCACCCCUCACCGCAAGUUAAACAGGGCACAGGCAACCACCCUUCGCCUGCUACAGACGAAUACAUACCCCUCCCUCACACGCUAUCACACUAUAUACCCCGACAUCUACCCGAGCCAGACGUGCAAGGUCUGUAAAACUAAAUUGGCAACACUCCCCCACAUGCUAUGGGAAUGCAGAGAUCAAUACCAAGAGCUUAAUACCGUGACCCUCUCGUCGAGAUGGCACGCCGCCCUGCGCAGCUCCCAUCUCGACGACCAACUCUGGGCGACCCAGCAGGCCUACGAAGCGGCGAAGAGGCAAGACCUCGACGUCCCAUCGUGGGAGGCCUAGGCCCAGCCGACAGAACUGCUGGUGUUCAUUAAAGUUUACUCUCUCUCUCUCUUGUAUGGAUGUGAGCGCUCGUGACUACUGGGUACUAUCCUGCCCUACCGACCUGACGCCUCUGAGUGCACUACAAUUUCAGAAGCAGCCUGUUACGCUGAAGAUUGCCGCAGCUGGCUCGUUCGCUGGCCAGCGAUAAUCAGCGGUGUCAGAAAAUGUGACAUGACAGUCGUCAGGCCACACCCACCUUCCCUGCCAGCACCCUCAUUUGGAUAUGGAUACCGCCUCACAGCCCCGGCCUUUCUCCUAAACUAUUUGCACGGUGCCAUGGUCCGUACCCUAUCAUCGACACCACCUCACCAGUGAAAUAUAUCGUUGAGCCCGUCACACCAUCACCGGACCUUUGUUGUUGGGGUCACGAGACAGUGCACGUUAGUCACCUCAAGCCAUAUUAUGACCCCGUCACCUUGUCUGCUGCCCGAGUCACCAGGAUGGCGCCGUUUCACUUUCGGGGUCAGUGUUGUCAGUGAACAUUGAAGUGCUGAUGUCAUAUAAAUAAAGGAUUCUUGCAAUACGUAUUGCUCCAUUCUGUCCUUGCUGAGGGGCAAUCAUGAAGAAGUGUGAGAGAAUGCAGAUGGGUGAGUGACCUUAUGCAUGCCCCAACUUGCACACACUUCCCUCUGCAAGAAAAACUUGCCAAGCACUUUAGAGUUCAUACAGUAGGCCAACUGCAUGGCUGUCGAGAGUGGAGACACCACUUUAUCAAGGUCGAACUCGAGGCUGCACUACGGCAACAAUGACAGGCACCAUCACAUAUGUCCAUACUGAGACAAGAGAUUCCCUCGGAUGUUUUGUAUCACCAGAUACAUAGGAGUACUUCUUGUUGGGCUAUAGUUUGUGAGACAUAGUCAUUUGAAGAGCAGUGCAAAUAACCAGAUAUGGAUCUAUAGGCAAAUCUUGGAAAGCCUAAUAAAGCUGUUGGCAGUAGCGCUCAUCAUGUGUGCUUCUUAAUGUGCAUGUUAAUUUGCACCCGUCUUCUAAUAGCCACCAGAUGCACCGUGCUGACCCCUCCCCCACUGGGGUGUAGGCUGCAAAACAAGAAAGAAGGAAGCUUCUAUCUUCUCCUUGGAUAAAUGUUUAUUCUGCCUCCUUCAUAUAAGAAGUUAUCUCACAGUGUCAACAAGAGAAAUCGGCAAGUUGUGCACAACAGUAGCCACUGCACUGUCCGUAUUAUGAGAAAGGGUGUUUCGAUGCAAGCAAUUGGCGAAGGGACGUGCGUGGUUGUCACGGCCACAAGCAGAUGAGAAAUCGUGAUGUAGUGAGCAGUGAAGGGCGCGCAUCUACGAAAGAAGAGGGUGGGUGUCUGCAGCAUUAGGGAGAACCAUGAACAUAACAUGUUCAUGCUGGCAUGGGUCUCAAUGCUAUUUCCCCAGUGCAGCUGUGAAAAGGCAUGCCUUACCCUAGUGUGGAAACAAUAUACGAACCUCCAUUUUAUGAGCACAGCUGUGUUAUGAAGCAAGUUCAAAUAUUUAUCGCUGAUACCAGCGCAUAACGAAUAUCGGCCUAUAUUGAUCGUAUCAGAUAUAAUGAAUGUAUUAGCAGUAACUUCAUCUCGACGAGUUGAUUCAUCUUGAGUAAAACUCGAAGCAUUACAAAGUAGACGAGGACAGGAAUUGAAAGGAAACACAACAAAGUAAACACAGAUGUAUUUGUUCUUGAUUCCUGUCAUCGUAUUCUUUGCGCUGCUUCAAGUUUUACUCAAUGAAUGUAUAUUUUUGUUCUUUUGUCAAAAGUGACUUUGUUCUCGUGAAGUUUAUGCAAUAAGGCACCGACACCCUGGUCGUAUACGGCCACUUCAGGGCUCCCAUGCAGGCUGCAUUGUAGGCGUGCCUCAUGCACAUCAAGGCACCGUAGCUACUGUGUUGCUGAACCACACAUCAGUGUUCACUGCUGCAGCCAUACAAACUUCUACUGAAGCUUCAAAGUGAAGCCGGUGAAAUGUGACAUUGAGACACAAAAAUCACGGAUUACUCAUUAAGAAAAGACAUCCAAGAAAUUUUUCUAUUCGAGAGAAAUAUUCAUUAUGUAGCCCGCAUUUUCAAAUCAUUCAUAAUUGUGUAAAAAUUCACAAAUUAAAGGUACGUCAUUGCAUCAAUUUCGUCCACUUUAGAUUUAUUCUUAGGUGCAGUUUACAGAUUUGUGAUAUUGUUCUUUAUUGCUGAGAAUUGUCACUUAAUUUUGUAUUUUUGACAACUUUUUUUUAAAAAUCCACGGCCUAAAUAAAAACUCUGCUUUCCUUACAAAUUUCAACUUUCUUCUUUUAGAUGUAAGAAACCUAAUACAAAACUGUGCAGUUGUGACCGGUCUAUGAGAAAGAAAUUGUGCAGGAACGAUCGGCGAUGUUUGCUAAUGCAAGCGAAUAGACCGGGUGAACUAGAGCGAGCGAGCGACACUUCCCGCCCCUAUAUUGGUCGCGCGACAGCACGCGUCCUUUCCAUGUCGUGCCUUUCAUAUCGCAAGUCCGACGGUAGUGCGACGGUCCGAUCUCGGACCGCCGCCAACCACGAAAAUGGGCGCAAGAAGCAAAAAAGGCCAUUUCUCCGUUCCGAUGUAUUUAGAGAGGAGCAUCGAGCUAAUUUUUCCCGUUAUAUCUAUAGCUUCGUGUAAUAACGACACUGGUCGCAUUACCCACCACCCGAUUUCAAAAGGGAUAUUCGUAGCAUCCAUCCAUUUGCAGAGUGACGCUCCGCGGCUCCAGACGCUCCGUGCGCGUACCCGCGUUAUCACAAAAUUUCAGCCUGUGCUGUCGGUGCUGCCCUGAAGCAGUAUAAUGAGUUGCCCAGGCCGCCUUAGUUGCCUGUCUUGCUUACCAACAUGCCCCCGCGUAUCGUGAGGACACCAUCCGAGGAGCUCGAGAACAAGUUAAGACGUAAGGAAGCAAGGCGGGCCCGCAUACGAGCCCAGACGGAGGAACAACGUGCUGUUUCGCGUUCAAAGCACGCUGAAUUCCAACGCCGCAGGCGCCAGGACGCGGAACUGCGACAACGCGAGGCCGAGCAAAGGCGACAGCGCCGACAAGACCCCGCAGUUCGCCAACAGGAAGCGGCCAAACAUCGCGCCCGCCGUGAGGAUGCGGCAGUGCGGGAACGCGAGGCUGAGGCAAGGCGACAACGCCGACUAAACCCCGCAGUUCGGCAGCAGGAGGCGGACGCACAUCGCGCCCGCCGUGAGGAUGCCGCAGUGCGCGAACCCGAGGCCGAGGCAAGGCGGCAACGCCGACAAGACCCCGCAGUUCGGCAGCAGGAAGCGGUCGAACAUCGUGUACGGCGUGAGGAUGCGGCAGUACGGGAGCACGAAGCCGAGGCAAACCGACAGCGGUGCUUGGCGCGGCACACAGCACAAUUCGGACGACAGGUCAUCAAUAACCCGUUCCAAUAUGCGUGCGACGUUUGCGAACGUCCUGGUCCUAAAGAAGACUUUUCGCCUAUCCGCGUUCCUCACGUGCCUCUACUCGCUGCCGCGUUUGCAACCGAAGACGUGCCUUCUUUUAUGCUAUGCUCCGCGUGCCACAGUGCACUGCAAAUGGGUACAAUACCUGUACUUUCUCGAAGUGGCAGUUACACAUGUCCAGCCAAUCGCGCAGGGUUUUUUGAAGGCAACUUCGUGUGCAGGACUGGUGAUAAAAACUUGCAGAGACCUUUGCACAGCCUUGCCAAAGAACUCUACUCCAACGAAAAGGCUCAAGAAGGCAAGGUUGACUGUUGCUUGCAGACAGAUGGCACUGGAAAGAUUGACUGUUUUGUGCAGACUGAAGAUGCCGUAAAGAGUGCUUCUGAAAUGCCAACAGAGAAAUGCAUGAAGGUUGUUGCAGUGCAAACUGAAGAAUGUCCAGAACUGCAGUUCUACGAGCCUACCUGUGAAGCUACUCAGUACGAGAGUGAAUGUCCAUCUGCUGUGGAAACAGAGAGCGAAGAUUGGCUCUAACGACAAACAAGGGCACACAUACUAAUCACAAGGAAAGCAUCCUAUGCAGAGCCAUGUCGCCAAUCACGAGAGGGCCUACACUGACUAGUGGCCUUCAUAUGUGACAUCUUCCUCAAGUGCUUUAAUACGAAGAAAGUUCUCAGUGCGCAACUGAGAGAGUCUACACAAGAGAAAAGCCUCAUGAGUGUCCGGUCUGUGGCAAGCGCUUUGCUGAAGCAACGACAUUGCAUGUUGUUAUAAAUUGCAAAUAAGCAGUGGCGAAGGCUGUUAUGUGUGCCUGCCAUGUGGCAGGAAGAACAUGAGUGAAUAAUUUAUGACCAGCUUGUUAAUAUAUGGUAGAAUCAAGAAAAUGAUUGGAAAAAAAAACAGCAUUAAGAUCAAGGCACAGAAUGAGAAGGCAGGUGGUGUAUGCUAAACUUCAGUUUAACAUAUAAAUAAGCAAAUGCAAAGAUAGACACGAAAUAGAAAUCAGACAACCUUGAGUUAUCUUGGCCAACAACAAUACCACAUCAACUAUAAUGGGUGUGUACCUAUGUUACUGCUGCUUCAAGAAAUGGUUCUGUAUUGUGAAGGUUUUGGGUGGUGAAAUUGUUCUAUCACAAGUCUUAAUUGCAGAGUGAUUUAUGCUUAUGCAUGUGUCUGCUUGUUAUCUUGUCAAGUGCUAGUGGUGAUAUUUUGGAAUUUUCCAUGAAUGAUAAAAGUAUUGUUAUUAAAGGGGGAUAUUACAA